AUGACCAAUGUGGAGAUAAGGACGACUCUCCAAACAUUGACUCAUACUUUAACGAAUCAAGUCACUAGGGAUGCUAGAGUUCAAGUGAACUCCAAUGCAAGUACAACCGCUUCAAGGAUUAGGGAUUUCACAAGAAUGAAUCCCCUUACAUUCUAUGAAUCCAAAGUGGAUGAAGACCCACAAGGGUUUAUUGAUGAAGUGUUUAAGGUGCUUGAUGCUAAUGGGGUGUCUCCACAAGAGAAGGCAGAACUAGCCGCCUACCAAUUGAAAGAUGUUGCUCAAGAACAAAAGCUCAAGCAAGUGAAUAGAGAAGUAAAAAGGGCAAGGACCGAUGAUGGGAAUUCUUCCAAGGGUAAGUUUGAGGUUAAAAGUAAACCAAGGUUCAAGAAGAGGUUUUCCAACCAAGUCUCAUCUAGCACUCCAAGGGUUAACAAAGAAAGGGUGUCUAACCCUACUCCACAAAGAGGUAAUAGUGGUAGCACUUAUGUUGAAAGACUAAGUUGUCCAAAGUGCGGCAAGAAGAAUGAUGGCAAGUGCUUAGUUGGCACGAAUAGUUGCUUUAAUUGUGGGAAGAGCAGUCAUAUAAAGAGAGAUUGUCCCUUGCUAAGGGUUAAAAGGAGAGACGGCCAGCAAGUCCCUCCUAGUGGCCCAAAUUCUGAUGCUCCCAAGAAGAAUCGUUUCUAUGCUCUCCAAUGCCGAGGUGACCAAGAGAGCUCACCGGAUAUUCUUACGGGUAUGUUGAAAGUAUUUUCCAUUGAUAUUUAUGAAUUAUUAGACCCCGGUGCCACUUUAUCUUCUGUUACACCUUUUGUGGCUAUGAAAUUUGAAGUACUCCCCGAAGAGUUACUAGAACCUUUUUCGGUGUCUACCCCGAUUAGUGGCUCGUGGAAGCAUGGACAUUUAGGCGCAAAACGGAACAAAACGGCUGAAAAGAACGAGGAAGCUGAAGCCUUAGCAUCGCCAAGCACACUUGGCGAUUCUCCAAAGGGACGCACUCCCCCCUUUGUUCCAGUACGCGAAGCCCUGAAGGAGCACGAUUAA